UUUUUCAGCUCCGAAGAGGAGCUCUAUGGAGUUGUCAAUGAUGGUAAGUUCUACGAGCGACAUCCACCUCAAUAUGCCAGCGACAAUUGGCUGGGAUCAGCCACUUUGAUCGGCAGUGGAGAGUGGAACAGCUUCCAGUUUUUGUUCUUCCACCCAGACGGUACUUUAUAUGGUGUUCACAACGACAGGUUCUACAAAGGGCCUCCGCCUAAAGCUACCGGUACCGAUGCUGCUCAGGACUGGAUGAAUACAGCGACUCUUGUGGGCAGUAGAGGAUGGCAUGUCUUCCAGUUUCUGUUUUUUGAUCCUAAAGGGACACUGUAUGGUGUUGCCCAUGGCAAAUUUUACCGGCGAGCCCCCCCUACACAUGUCUCAGAAAAGUGGCUGGGAUCUGCUACACUGGUUGGAAGUGGCGGCUGGCAAGUAUUCCAGUUCUUGUUCUUCGACCCAAUGGGAAUGCUGUAUGGCGUUGAAAACGGUAGGUUUCACAAGAGAGAGCCGCCCACGCAUGCAGGAGACAACUGGCUGGGAUCAGCAACUCUUAUUGGUACUGGAGGAUGGAGCCAUUUCAAGCUGCUUUUCUUCCUGAAUGACGGCAAGCUGUAUGGCGUGCACAACGGCAAGUUCUACAAGCGUACACCUCCUGUCCGUGGGAACGAUAACUGGCUGGGCUCUGCGGAAUUGAUAGGCUCAGGUGGCUGGUCUGUGUUUAAGUUCCUGAUGGGUCCUCUGAGGCCACCUCCAAGGUGAUUUGCAGUUAUCAUUGUUAGGUUCAUAUCCUAGUAUUGUAUUGCUUAAAGUUGGGGCGUAAAAUUUUACACGUGAGUCGCACGAAAAAGGUUUAUUUGGAGGUGUGGGUGGGGUGGGAUACUAACACCCCUAUCAAUCCAGUCCCUCCAGUUUACAAAAGAUACAACAGGAAUAGAUCAGUGUUCCCUCAGAUGCGAAUCAAAUAUUGUUACGCAGAUAGACUCAGAUGUAAACAGCCCAAAAAUGUGUACUUCAACUGAUAAGGAUGAAGAAAACUCAAUAUAAACAAUCUCGCCAGAACGACGUUUGAUUAAAACCCAGUAAACAGAAAGACCAUGGAACAGUUUACAAUCCGCAAGAUUAACGUGGAAAUACAAAAAAGUCAUGUUGAAAGUGUGUACAUCGCAAAAUGACAGCAGCUAUUUUUUCCAAACCGCGGAGAGCAGAUGACCCUAUAUAACUCAGAUUGUGAUAUAACUAAACCUUACUGAAAAACAAAACAAAAAGAAAGGAGUGUCAAUUUAUUCAUAGUACUUUGAACCACAUGAUACGGUAGGUCUUGUUCCUAAUACAUUACAACAGGAAAGAAAACAAUCGAAACACUUUGCUCUGACGAAGGGCUAACGCUCGAAACGUCAGCUUUUUUACUCUUUAUGGUGGCCAAUUUACGUUUUCAACCUGGUUGUUAACACUAAAUCAACUUGCUGAAUACUUACUUUUUAAAGAAAUAUUUUUCACAAAAUAAGCUCCGCUUAGUACUUACAAAAGAGUUUUGCGGAUCAGCGUGUGAGUCUCUAGUUGUCGUUGUUGCUGUUGGUGUUUUUUUAAGAUUUUGUCUCGAAAGUUUGAUAGCUCGUAAUCCGGUCAAAUGAAGGAGAAGGACGUUUUCGUAACCAUUAAUGUUUAGUAAAAAACGAAUAGAUUUGAGGUACACUUUAUUAUAAAUUUUUCCUUUUCAUCAAGACGUGAGGACAAAUUUUGAAUCGGUAAUAGACUUGAAAUUUAAUGAAAACAUGUUAGUCAAACAGUAUUUUCCAGCUAUUCAUUGUGAUUCUCUGCCACAAAAAGCGAACAGAAAAUGGACCAGUCGUGAUCUUUGGUGCGCAAGGAACAAAGACAAGAAUCAAAAUGGGUGGACACAACCAAGCUUAAAUUUGUGCUCAAUAAAUAAACACGUUCUGUGUGGGCAGUUUUAAGCCACGUUGUUCACCAAAUUUGACUUCCUUUUUUUAGGCUUCUAAGUGAAUCUUAAUGUGACACACCUUUGAGUUUACACCCACCAUUAGUCUCCAUAGCCAUCAUUUUAAGAAUAACAUCUUUAGGUCGGUCCUACACUAUAGUUUAGUGCACACAGAUCAGUACUAUAUAACAGCAGUAACAGAAAUAUGAACUUCUUUUCUUCUAAACGAGAAUGGAUAAGAGUCGAUAAAAUGUAGUCAGUUUGUAACAGCUCAGAAACUGAUUUGUUCUCUUUAGACUCUAUGGAGUUGUCAAUGAUGGUAAGUUCUACGAGCGACAUCCACCUCAAUAUGCCAGCGACAAUUGGCUGGGAUCAGCCACUUUGAUCGGCAGUGGAGAGUGGAACAGCUUCCAGUUUUUGUUCUUCCACCCAGACGGUACUUUAUAUGGUGUUCACAACGACAGGUUCUACAAAGGGCCUCCGCCUAAAGCUACCGGUACCGAUGCUGCUCAGGACUGGAUGAAUACAGCGACUCUUGUGGGCAGUAGAGGAUGGCAUGUCUUCCAGUUUCUGUUUUUUGAUCCUAAAGGGACACUGUAUGGUGUUGCCCAUGGCAAAUUUUACCGGCGAGCCCCCCCUACACAUGUCUCAGAAAAGUGGCUGGGAUCUGCUACACUGGUUGGAAGUGGCGGCUGGCAAGUAUUCCAGUUCUUGUUCUUCGACCCAAUGGGAAUGCUGUAUGGCGUUGAAAACGGCAGGUUUCACAAGAGAGAGCCGCCCACGCAUGCAGGAGACAACUGGCUGGGAUCAGCAACUCUUAUUGGUACUGGAGGAUGGAGCCAUUUCAAGCUGCUUUUCUUCCUGAAUGACGGCAAGCUGUAUGGCGUGCACAACGGCAAGUUCUACAAGCGUACACCUCCUGUCCGUGGGAACGAUAACUGGCUGGGCUCUGCGGAAUUGAUAGGCUCAGGUGGCUGGUCUGUGUUUAAGUUCCUGAUGGCUCCUCUGGGU